UUCCGUUUACAUGGCAAAGGCCAUAAGAAAUCUAAGUGGCUUCAAUAAAAAAAAAUCUAGUGUUUUAAUUCGGAAUAUUUCUUCAUAAGAAUUACACAGUGCUCUAGGGAAGAACGGGGAGAAGAAUGGGAGGGAGGAGGGCGUACGAAAAAAAAAGGGGACCCACGUUUCCUCUUCUCCCCCAUUCGUCCCAUUCUCUGUAAAGGAUAAACCGCCGAUUAAAAUGAGACCUUAACGGAUGAGGAGCGAACUCUAGUUUACUAUCGGCAACGAUUUUCGUUUUCAUGAUUUUCCCAUAAGAGCCGUGUAAAACACGGACGCGUUUUUAAGGGGAAAAAAAGGAGGUGACCAGCUAAAAGUGGCUGUAAAUUUUAAACUUUUUAAGUUAGGUGAACCAAAUUUAUCCUGAAUAUAUAUUAGGGAAUAAAUAACAAAGCUCAUUUUUUCAAAUUAAUAUUUUAUUUUAUUUUAAUACCUUUAAUCAAAUUACAAAAACACGCAUAUUUUCAAAAUUAAAAUAAGUACACUAAUUAUUAAUAUUUUUCGGGAGCUUUUUAACAGGGCAUACAAAAAAGGGAUAUAAACAAAGCUCAUGAAAAAAACAACUUUUGACAAUUUGUUUGGGGUUCAACAUACACUUUUGGCUAGCCCGACCGGACUAUUAGCCAAUCAGAUCGCUACAAACUUGCAAGUCAUUUUCUUUACUUUUGUUUUGUUUUGGAAAGUGAAAAUAUCGUCUGCUUGUAUUGCACCACACAAAGGCUACGUGCAAAAGGAAUUUGAAGGAUAGUCAUUUAACACUGAAUUGCUGAAGGUUAAACAUUAAACAUCAUGAGUCUCUUGAUUUUUAAUAAAAUGUGGAAGCCUCAAGUGUUUCGUAACGUGAAUAAAAUCACCAAACGAGGUUUGGCCGAAACGAAACCUGAAGGUGGCAUCAAGAUUCAGCCCGAAACACCGUAUGUGUCACCUAAUUCAACACUAGGAGAUGUUCACAGGGUUAAUGGUGUGGAGAGGUAUUUCCUUGUUUGGACAAAAAAGUUUAAGUCUGUGAAAGAUGUUCCUGGCUAUGUUUCGAGAGACAUGAUGGAGAAGUCAAGGAAUAUAAUGAGGAUUAGAAUUAAUCUAUCAAUCAUCUGUGUUUGCUUGAUCGGGGCUCUACUUGCAGCCAAAAGUGGGAAGAAAGCAGCUGAAAGAGGAGAGACUCUCACUAAAAAUAACCAACAGUGGCAUCAACAAUACAAUGAUUCUCAAAAUAGCAAGUCAUCCAAGGCAGAAAAUUGAAAUCGAAGUUUUCAUUCAUUAUUGUAACAUUGUACCACUUGCCGUCUACAAUCUAUCAUUGUAUAAACAAUUAGACAAUAAAAGAUAGGAAAUAUAAAAGGUUAUUAACUAAG